UGUGGAGUAGACGUGUCAAGUGUACCACAUUUCAAUAUGGUGUACGUGUAAUAUAAAUGUUCAUUAUAAAAUUUUUACAUUUUCAUAUCAAAAGCCCUCAUACGUCGUAAUCAAUAAGUUCAAUAUUGUUUUUCAUGCAAAAUGAGUUGAACAACUAUAAAAUGGCGUCUAACACAGGGCAAAAAAUCUCCGAGACUGAUAAGUAUUGGUCAGCGAGGGAAAGAAGGGCUUGGACCUGGUUUUAUUUUUUGGUAUGACACUUUUAUUCAUGUGUCGAACAGUUGGACCUGUCACAAUGUCAACAUUAGGAAAAGAAUUUGGUUGGAAUAAAGAAAUUCAGGGCUCAAUUCUCUCAACAUUUUUCUGGGGAGCUGGAAUGAGUCAAAUUGUAGGAGGAUGGUUGAGUGAUAUAUGGGGUGGUGAACAUAUUUUAUUUUGGUCUUGCUUAUCCUGGAUCUUACUUACAUUAUCUACACCAUUAAUGAUUCAAACUGGAAAAGUCAUAUCCUCAGCAACUAUUUAUAUGUUAAUAAGAUUUUUCAUGGGAUUCUUUCAAGGAUGUUUUUCUGGUGCAAUGGCCAGUUUGCUCGGAAAACAUCUUGAAACUAUGCACAAAUCUUCAACAAAUGGAUUUAUUAAUUCUGGUGCUUGUAUUGGGUCCGUCAUGAUUGGCAUAACAGGCUCAUUACUUUUAGAUAAUGCUAAUUGGGUCAGUGUAUUUUAUUGUGUUGGAAUUGUUGGUUGUGCUUGGUUAAUUAUUUGGAAAUUUACAUUACUCAAUAAUAAUCACAAGUUGGAUAUUGGUAUUGUGGAAGCUGGCCUUUUAUCAAAAAAUAGUAAUCGUUUUUUUUCUGUACCUUGGCUUGCUAUAUUAUCUCAUUGUCCAUUGUGGGCUAUGAUUGUUGCUAAUGUAUCAAUAUCAAUUUGUUUUCAUGGUUUAUCUACUUGGCUACCUACAUAUUUUCAUGAUACUUUCCCACAAAGCAAAGGUUGGAUAUUUAAUGUUAUACCAUGGUUAAUCAACUCACCUUGUGCUUUUAUUUCUGGAAUAUGGGCAGACCAUUUCCUGCAAAAAGGUUAUUCUCUGACAUGUGUCCGCAAAUUUUUUAAUGCUUUGGCUCAGCUUGGUGCUGCAAUUUCUCUCAUUUUAUUAAGUCGUUGUGAAUCUUUCCCUCCAGCUCUACUUCUUAUGACGUUUGCGAUAGGCAUGACUGGAUUUACAAACGCAGGAGCAAUGGUGCUACCGCAGGACAUCGCACCAGAAUACGCCGGCUCUGUUUCUGGAUUUUCUCAAACUGUGUCUACAUUAUCUGUGUUUGGUGCAAUUUAUUUUUCUGGUCAAGUAUUGACAGCAUCUCAUAGUUGGUCUCUUUACUUCAAUUUUGUGGCAGGAGUUUGUUUAACAGGCUCCAUUGUGUUUACAAUAUUUGCCUCUGCAACUAAAAUUACUUGAUGUCCCUGAAGGAAAAUGAAACCGAAAGUCUCCUACCUACAAGGAACUAGACAAUUAUAUCGACUACUAAAUCUUUUAAGGCACAAAUGCUAACUUUUGUUUCACUGAAGAAACGUUUGUAAAUUUUUAUAAACUUUACGAAAGAGCGUUUGUAAAUCACAAAAAAACUACGAUGCUCUUAUGUAUCUUGGAAAAUUUUUUUAGACAUCUCAUACACACUUUAGAAAUUCGAUCGUUUUAGUUCUUUAAUGAGAAAUGAAACAGUUGAUACAAUAGGACGUUUUGACAGUAAUUUACAUUAAAAUCUUACGUGAAAACUUCCUUCCCCCAUCCAGCCAUUGCAGUGAAUAUCCUUGGUCCCAGAUCUAGUGCUGGGUUGAUUGGACAACCGCAAUUGUAACCGAAUGUCAUUCCAAUUAGAACUACAACUAAUCCGAUGGCGAUGGGGGCCAAGCCAGCAGUUGGCUUACUUUCGUUCUUUUUGUCGACAAGCGCAAAAAUAAGUGCCAAGAGCAUUGCUGUACCAAAGAACUACAGCAGAAAAAUUAAUGUUACCUUUACGAAACGCUUAUAUGUUCAUAUAAAAUCAAAGCAUUUUGUUGAAUGUCUCUAAGCUAGUUCGUGAUAUUUUUCCCAGAUGAUUAAAAUUGUAAAUGAAAAAACUGUGUACUUUAACAACACAAGUUUGUGAAGGAAGAUGUUUAUAUAACAAUGCGACCUAGUAAAGAUGUUUAUGAAAAAAUACCUGAUCGCAGAAUCCAGUGAAGUUGCUCACGAAGGGUUGAGGAAAUGAAGUAAAGAUCCCAGCUGUACCAUUUGGCCCCAGUACCCGUCGAACUCCUCCGUCAUAAUGAUCGAUUGCAUCUAAAACAUAAGAAGCUCUGUUAAUGAUGUGUUAUAAUAAGUAAUGUUUGAGGUGAUGACAAAAAAUAAGUGACAAAACUUUUUACCUACUAAUUAUUGUGAAAGUACCAAGAAAAAUGAAAAAAAGAUAACUAAGGGAGCUUGAAACAAUUUUUGCCAAGCCCAUUGUUCAAGCUCAACCAAUCAGUCGAAUACAUAUUUACCAUGAUAUAAAGCGUAAGCAACAGCUGCCGAUGUUAUCGAUCCGAGCAUUUGAGAGGCAACAUAAAUUGGUACUUUACUCAGUGGAAAUCUUUGAACUGAUGCGAAUCCCAAGGUCACAGCUGGGUUUAUAUGACAGCCUGUGAAUUGUGUUGUAAAUUGAGUUUAAUUUAAUGAGUCUAGAUGUUGAAAGGUGUUUCUAUAUUUAUAAUAAUUUUUACCUGAUAUGGCCAGUGCCCAGUAUAAAGCCAUUGUCAACGCUAUUGUUCCGGUUAAACUGGUAGAAAGAGAAUUACCAAGGGUACCAUUGCUUAAAGUUGCUUGUGCGCUUGCGCCAAUUACAAACACCUAAGUAUAGAUCUGUUGAUAUAUAUCAUGUGGUUCUUUGUCGAUGUCCUCUCAGCAAGUAUAUUCAACAAUAUUUGUCAUGUUCUUUACAUUCAUAAUAUUGAUACAGGUUAAUUUCAUGUUUAUUUUUGUCAUAAGUAAAUUACUUUUUUUUGUCAAAAAUGGAAUUAAUAUGUGACAAAUAAAUAAAUAUUGGUAUAAAUAUAUGGAAUUUGACAUUUA